AUCAUGUAACCGUUGUCCUUUGAAGAUAAUAUUUUUUAGUUCGAAUAGUUACUGUAAAAAAAUUCCCCAAAAGAGUGAAAUCAACUAUUUUUCCUAUUUUUUUCUUCAGAAACUUCAAACACUGUUAGAUUUCCGCCGACACAGUCAUCCAAACCCUCUCUCUCUCUCUCUCUCUAAACACCUCUCUCUCUCUAAACAUCUCUAAGCUGGUUCCAGUUGAUGCGAUGAAAACGAUGGCGUUGGUAUCACUCCAUCUCUCAGCCAAAUCCCGACAACGAAUCUCAAAAUAUAUUUCAUUUUAUUUAUACCCACAAAAAGUACAGAUCGUCAAUAUACAGCCUAGCUUUGCUCUCUGUAGAUGACAGUUCAUAGUCAUUGUCAUUUAGAUCUCUCAUUGGGACUAUAACAACACUCAAUUCUCUCAGCUUCUUCUUCAAUUUGCCUCGUAAUUCCCAAUUCAAUAUAACCCCUUCAGAGAUCUCUCUCAAACAAAACUCAUCAAUCAAACAAUCACAUGUCAUCUUCGUCUUCUUCGACUAGUAGUAGUACUAUUUAAUCUACUCUGUGUAUCUAAAACCCUAGUUCUCGAUCUGAAUUAGGGUUUGUUGGAUACCCAAAUCUAGAAAUGGACGGCGGUGAUGGCACCGUGAAGCUGGGGACUCUCAAUACCAAGCCCGACCGCUGCUUCAAUUUGGACCCCGACGUCUCUGUUUCGUCGCCGGUCACCAGACAGAAAGCCGCGGCGGCCAAGCAGUUCAUUGAGAAUCAUUACAAGAACUAUCUCCAAGGCUUGCAAGACCGCAAAGAAAGGCGUCGAGCGUUGCAAAGGCAGGCACAAGAAGCACAGGUCUCAAGUGAGGAACAAGAGGAGAUGAUGAGGGAUUUGGCGCGCAGAGAGACGGAGUACAUGAGAUUGCAGAGGCACAAAGUGGGGAUUGAUGACUUUGAGCCUUUGACUGUGAUUGGCAAAGGUGCAUUUGGUGAGGUUAGGCUAUGCCGUGCCAAAAGUACAGGAGAGAUAUAUGCGAUGAAGAAAUUGAGGAAAUCAGAGAUGCUUAGCCGUGGACAGGUUGAGCAUGUUCGGUCUGAGAGGAAUUUGCUAGUUGAGGUUGCUAGUCGGUGCAUCGUGAAACUCUUCUAUUCUUUUCAAGAUUCUGAUUUCUUAUACCUUAUCAUGGAGUAUUUACCCGGUGGCGACAUUAUGACCUUACUGAUGAGAGAGGAGGUUCUUUCUGAAGAUGUUGCACGAUUUUAUGUAGCAGAAAGUAUUCUAGCUAUUCAUUCAAUUCACCAGCACAACUAUGUGCAUAGGGACAUAAAACCUGAUAAUCUGAUACUGGACAAAAACGGCCAUUUAAAGCUCUCAGAUUUUGGCUUGUGUAAGCCCUUGGAAAAUAGGUAUUCAACAUUAUUAUUGGAAGAUGAUGAAUUUACAACCCUUGAGUCCAAUCAUGAUGAAGAAGGGCAUUGUAGUGGUGAUAGAGCUUCUUGGUUGAUGCCGAAGGAACAAUUUCAAAAUUGGAAACGUAAUCGGCGUGCAUUGGCAUUUUCUACUGUUGGAACUCUUGAUUAUAUGGCACCUGAAGUGUUGCUUAAAAAAGGAUAUGGAAUGGAGUGUGACUGGUGGUCACUUGGGGCAAUUAUGUAUGAAAUGCUCAUUGGCUAUCCUCCUUUCUGUUCUGAUGACCCAAGGAUCACAUGCCGUAAGAUAAUCAAUUGGAAAACCUGCUUGAAAUUUCCAGAGGACUCAAAAAUAUCAGAUGAAGCUAAGGAUCUGAUCUGUCAUCUGUUAUGUGAUGUUGGAACAAGGUUGGGGACUAGAGGAGUGGAAGAAAUAAAGGCACAUCCAUGGUUUAAAUGCAUUCAAUGGGACAUGCUUUAUGAAAUGGAAGCUGCCUACAAACCUACCGUAACAGGAGACUUGGAUACUCAAAAUUUUGAAAAGUUUGAUGAUGUGGAAGGUCCACCAUCCGUGAUAGCAAGAGUGAGUCCUUGGCGAAAGAUGUUAACAUCAAAAGACACCAAUUUCAUGGGAUACACUUACAAGAAGUCUGACAUCCUAAAAUCAGUUGGAACUUCAGGUACAGACAUGAAAUCAAAUGGAUCUUCAAGGGCCCCAUCUUUAAUAUCUUUGUUAGGCCGAUUAGACCUGCAAGAAUCUGUUAUAACAGAGGAUGACGAAAAGCUGGAAACUUGAGUUUCAACCUUUUUCUGUUGGGACUAUCGGAAUUAGUAUAUCUAUUUUCUUUGCUGGUGUGAUCGUCAAAAGUAGCUAUCAUAAAGGAUUGAACUUGGUCACAGUCGAUGCAAGAAUAAAAGAUCAACGUCUGAGUCGAUAUAGUUUUGGAGCACUAUUUUCUCUCUCUCUCUCUCUCUCUCUCUCUCUCUCCCUCUCUUCCAUGUUAAAAUAUAUAAUGAGGGAAAUAAUGUACAGCCAGAAGUAUGUUGAGUUCAUUUUGAGUAGUCUUUUUUGUUUUUUAGAAGUAUACAAUCCAUUUAAGGAGAGAUGUUCACCAAGCACUUAUCUUAUUUUGGGGCACCCAUGAUGUUUGGGUCUCUAAACAUCAGAUGUUAAAAGAUGUAUCAACUUGAAAUUGAUAUCUACUUCAUCAAAUUUUGCCUUUGAAAACCAAA